GCGCCCGGGGCAGGACCGGUGCGGGGGCGAGGCCCGGAAAGAGGCGCGGAGGAAGCCGGGCGGCCGGGCUGCCGCAGACGGCGGCGUCGGGGCCGCGGCCUCGGCCCUUGGCGCGCCCCUCGCACCGGAUCUCUGCGCCCAGGGCGCACCGCGGGAAGGAACGCGGCUCCGGCCGCCAUGGAGCCGGCCCCCUCCACCGACGCCGAGCUGCAGCCCCUGCUCCUCGCCAACGCGUCGGACGCAUUCCCCAGCGCCUUCCCGGGUGCUGGCGCCAAUGCGUCGGGGCCUCCGGGCGCACGGAGCGCCUCGUCCCUCGCCCUGGCCAUCGCCAUCACCGCGCUCUACUCGGCCGUGUGCGCCGUGGGGCUGCUGGGCAACGUGCUUGUCAUGUUCGGCAUCGUCCGGUACACUAAGAUGAAGACGGCCACCAACAUCUACAUCUUCAACCUGGCCCUGGCAGAUGCCCUGGCCACCAGCACGCUGCCCUUCCAGAGUGCCAAGUACCUGAUGGAGACGUGGCCCUUUGGGGAGCUGCUCUGCAAGGCUGUACUCUCCAUUGACUACUACAAUAUGUUCACCAGCAUCUUCACACUCACCAUGAUGAGUGUCGACCGCUAUAUUGCCGUCUGCCACCCUGUCAAGGCCCUGGACUUCCGCACACCCGCCAAGGCCAAGCUGAUCAACAUCUGCAUCUGGGUCCUGGCCUCUGGUGUUGGCGUACCCAUCAUGGUCAUGGCUGUGACCCGCCCCCGUGACGGGGCAGUGGUGUGCAUGCUCCAGUUCCCAAGCCCCAGCUGGUACUGGGACACGGUUACCAAGAUCUGUGUGUUCCUUUUCGCCUUCGUCUUGCCCAUCCUCAUCAUCACCGUGUGCUACGGCCUCAUGCUGCUGCGCUUGCGCAGCGUGCGCCUGCUGUCGGGCUCCAAGGAGAAGGACCGCAGUCUGCGGCGCAUCACGCGCAUGGUGCUGGUGGUGGUGGGCGCCUUCGUGGUGUGCUGGGCGCCCAUCCACAUCUUCGUCAUCGUCUGGACGCUGGUGGACAUCGACCGCCGCGACCCGCUCGUGGUGGCUGCGCUGCACCUGUGCAUUGCGCUCGGCUACGCCAACAGCAGUCUCAACCCCGUGCUCUACGCCUUCCUGGACGAGAACUUCAAGCGCUGCUUCCGCCAGCUCUGCCACACGCCCUGCGGCCGUCCGGAGCCCGGCAGCUUCAGACGCGCCCGGGAAGCCACGGCCCGCGAGCGGGUCACCGCCUGCACCCCGUCCGACGGCCCCGCCAGUGGUGCCGCCGCCUGACUGGGCCUGGCCGGCUGCCGCGCUGCCCUCCGCAGUGACCUGGACUCCCACCGAGUUCUCACGGGGGCGAGGGCCACGACGUGGGACAGGGCAGAAGGAGGCCGGGGCGGAGAGCUGGGCCCGGCAGGGGGUGGGCCUCUGGUCUGGGGCGGGACAGAGGGGAGGAUGGCGGGGCGGGGCCUCUGGCUGAGCGCCCGGUCCGUGGCUUCGGGCUGGGCGGGAGGAGCUAGCGACUCCAGGGGAGUGGGACGGCGGCUCCGGAACUGCGCUGCCGAACCGUCUCUGCGGGGGGGCGGGGCCUAAGCCUCGGGGCAGCUUCGGGUUCUCGCCCGGAGCUGGGCUUGCGGGAGUGGGCGUCCUACCUGACACCGGCAGAUCCUGGGCCCAGGACCCAGGAGGGGCAGUGGUGGGGAGGGUACUAGCUUGAGAACUGAGCUGCAAGAUCGGGCCUCUGUGUAGUGGGGAGGCGCCUCCUCUGGGGGCGAGACGGAAAGACAGAUCAGUGAGUCGUGGCUGCAGUUCAAGAUCUGGCUUUGAGAGGUGUGUGUGCAGGGAAUGGGGCCUCAGUUCUGGGGUGGAGUCCCAGGCCCCGAGUUCUAGCAAGAGGUGGGGCUAGUGGAGGCCCAGGUCCACCUUGAGGUCUUUAUGAAGAGAAAACGAGAGAGGAGAGAGACAAUAUACCUCCUCUCCCCUCGACAGCCAUUUCCUCGGAAGGGCAGGGAUGUCUCCUCACUGAAGCGGUGUCCCCAGCACUGUCCCAGUGGGCUGUGGGAUAGGAUAGUGGAGCAGGGCGGGUGGCUUCAGGAUAGGGUGAUGGGGCAGGGCUUCAGUCGGGGUAGGGUCCCCAGCCCCGAACUCUGGCUGGGCUGGGAAGGAGCAAGGACCUUCCUGGCAAGGGGUAAUGGGUGGGUGGGUGGCUUUUGCUUUUAAGUUAGGUCCUCAAUCCAGAGGGCAGAUGCUUUCUGGAGGUCCACAGGGGCUGGCUCCUCUGGCCCCGGUACUGGAGGACAGAGGAACACACUUACAUGGAUAGUAAGUGGAACUGGGACUUGGGGGGAGGGGGGACACUGGAAGCACCAGUGUGGACUUUUUCUCUUUCCGGCGUCUAGGUCUUGGGCCCCCGAUAAGAACCUCCAAGAAAUCCUCGCUCCCUUCUCCCAGCAUCUGGCUGUGCUCAGUGUGUCCAGUGUUUCCAGUGAACUGAAACUACCCACGUGGGGAUGUGACUCUGAAGGAGCUUGGGGGAAGAAGGCUUUUAUAACUGCAAUGCUGGGGUCACAGCAGGCUCCCCAGGUCUCCUGGCUGCCCUAGCUGACCCCGUCAAGCUGCUGAGGGUAGGGUCUUCCCAGAGCUGGGCACAGAAGUUUUGCUCUUCAUUUGGCAUUCUUUUCAGGCACCCCCGGAUCUUUGCUUCCUCCAGUAUCAGGGUCUGUCCUUGUUCUCUGUGCCUCCCCCCUUGCUUCGUCUCCCCUCUCCCCCCUCGCAGACACUGCCUCAGUCACACACCCUUGACUCCCUAUUGAAGCAGUGUGCUGACAUCCUUGUAAAAACAAAUUAAUUUUCUUCCCUUUUUGGGACAGAUGGAAAGAAAUUGACGUCUUUGU